AUUAAUCUAUUCACCUCUUCUAUUAUCACAUCACUAUCUAUAUUAACAUUUCCAGUCAUCCUAACCAGCACCUCAAUCUACAAAAGCAAACUCUAUCCACAAUACGUAAAAACUACCAUCUCAUACGCCUUCAUAAUCAGCAUAAUCCCUACCACAAUAUUUAUCUACUCAGGAAAAGAAAUAAUCAUCUCAAACUGACACUGAAUAACCAUCCAAACCAUAAAACUCACACUAAGCUUUAAACUAGAUUACUUCUCCAUAAUCUUUAUACCUGUAGCCCUAUUCGUCACAUGAUCUAUCAUAGAAUUCUCAAUAUGAUACAUGCACUCAGACCCAUAUAUCAAUCGAUUCUUUAAAUACCUACUAAUAUUUCUCAUCACCAUAAUAAUCCUAGUCACCGCAAACAACCUAUUCCAACUAUUCAUUGGAUGAGAAGGAGUAGGUAUCAUAUCAUUCCUUCUCAUUGGAUGAUGACACGGACGAACCGACGCAAACACAGCCGCCUUACAAGCAGUCCUCUACAACCGUAUCGGAGACGUAGGUUUCAUCAUAGCUAUAGCAUGAUUUUUAAUCAACCUAAAUACAUGAGAAUUUCAACAGAUCUUCAUUACCCACCACGACAACCUAAACAUACCACUCAUAGGCCUUCUACUAGCAGCAACCGGAAAAUCAGCCCAAUUUGGUCUCCACCCAUGAUUACCAUCAGCUAUAGAAGGUCCCACCCCAGUAUCUGCCCUACUACAUUCAAGCACUAUAGUAGUAGCAGGAGUCUUCCUCCUAAUCCGAUUUCACCCACUAAUAGAAUAUAACACAACAGUGCAAACAACCACCCUAUGUCUAGGAGCUAUCACCACCCUAUUUACAGCAAUCUGCGCACUCACCCAGAAUGACAUCAAGAAAAUUAUCGCAUUCUCAACCUCAAGCCAACUAGGACUCAUAAUCGUCACAAUCGGCAUCAAUCAACCAUACCUGGCAUUCCUACAUAUCUGCACCCACGCAUUCUUCAAAGCCAUGCUAUUCAUAUGUUCCGGAUCCAUUAUCCACAAUUUAAACGAUGAACAAGACAUUCGAAAAAUAGGAGGACUGUAUAAAGUACUGCCAUUCACUACCACCUCACUAAUCGCAGGUAGCCUAGCACUCACAGGAAUACCCUUUCUCACAGGAUUCUACUCUAAAGACCUAAUCAUCGAAACCGCCAAUACGUCGUACACCAACGCCUGAGCCCUAUUAAUAACCCUCGUUGCCACAUCCAUAACAGCCGCCUACAGUACCCGAAUUCUAUUCUUCGCACUUCUAGGACAACCCCGCUUCAACCCCAUAAUCACAACCAACGAAAACAACCCACACCUAAUUAACUCCAUUAAACGCCUACUACUAGGAAGCAUCUUCGCAGGAUACCUAAUCUCCCAAAACAUCACACCUACCACUAUUCCACAAAUAACUAUACCCUAUUACCUAAAACUAACAGCCCUUUCCGUGACACUUCUAGGAUUCAUCCUAGCACUAGAACUAAACCUUACCUCACAAAGCCUCAAACUUAAAUACCCAUCAAACCUAUUCAAAUUCUCUAAUCUCCUUGGAUACUUCCCCAUCAUCAUUCACCGCUACGUACCAAAAAUAAACCUCUCAGCAAGCCAAAAUUUGGCCUCAACACUACUAGACACAAUUUGACUAGAAAGUGCACUACCAAAAUCCAUCUCUUACUUCCACAUAAAAUCAUCAACUACCAUUUCUAACCAAAAAGGCCUAAUCAAACUGUACUUCCUCUCUUUCAUAAUCACUUUAAUCCUAGCCCUAACAAUAAUUAAUUUCCACGAGUAA